GGGGCCUGCGCUGGGGACUGCCGGCCGGCGCCGGGGACCGGAGGGGGCUCUUGGGCCGCGACAGCAUGUGACACUGACCAGGAUUCAGCCCUGAUGGAGGAUGAGGAGCCCCAACAUGGAGCCUCAACUUCUAUCCCUGACAUAGCGGAAUUCGAUGCUAUCCCUGAAGCUCUUAUGAGAAGCAGCCAAACCCUUGCCUUGGGGCCUGAAGCUCAAGAAGGCCAGGACCCAUCCUAUAAGUGGGCAGAGGGACGCAGACUCUUGGAGACCCAGCAGAGAGAUUUAAGGGAUGUGAAUGACUAUGCAACAGAGAGUAUGAUUUCUUUCCCCAAGGAAGCCUCUGCAGAUGUGGAGACCAACCAGGACAACCUUAUGGCUGAGGCUUGUGACACUCCAGAGCGCCAGGAGGCAGUGCCUCAGAGCCUGGCAGACCGACAGGCGGAGACACUAGCUCCCCCAGAGCUCUGGGCUUGCCCUGUCCAAGGGGAACAUCUAGACAUGGUCCCAAUAUCCAGUGAACUGGGCAGCAGAAUGGAGGUGGAAUUUAGAACAGAACUCACUUCGUUGAUAUUGGGAACCGAACAAGCAGAAGAGAAGGAAAACAAUUCUCCAGACACCUCUGCUCAGACCAGAUUUUGGCCUUCCUGUGAAGAGCACCCUGCAGAGACCAGCCGGCCACAGGACUCUGAAAUUGGAACCGUCAGGCAGGGGGAAGAGCUACAGUCUAUGGGGGUGCAGGAAAUCCAAGGGAGAGAAGGGCUCAUGUGUCCCCAGGAGGCUGAGGGGCUGGAGGCGCAGGGACAAGAGGAAGUGGGAUUUCAGGGAGCAGGAAGUCUGGGGGAGGAUGUUUGUUCUGAUGGGCAUUUAGGGGAGCAGGAACACAUGGGACAGCAGGUUAAUGAUACAGAGGAAGAACAGAAGCAAAAACAGGAGCAGAUACAAGAUGAUGUGAUGCUUGCCAAACAAGGAGAAAGAGAGGGGCUUAAUGGGGGAUUGGGAAGUCUGAAUUAUGCUGAGUGGGAGAGGAGGACUCAGUGCCAGGGAGAUCUGGAACAGGGCGGACAGAGGCAGAGGGAGUGGAGGGGGCCAGAAGAAAGUAGAGUGGACACUCAGUAUGAGGAGAAUCAAAGCUUAGUGGGGAAAUCAGUGGAAGUAACUAAAAAGCAAGAAGACCAGGGUCUAUGGGGGACAUUGAUGCCAGUAGAGGCCCAGGAGGAGGAGGUGGGAUCAAGCAAGGAGGACCCAGGGAAUUGGGGUGGGGCUGCACUAGGGGGAGUGGGAGGAGAAAGGAAUCCAGAAGAGGGGGAAGAGCAUGAUGGUCCUUCCACAGUGGCACUGGUAGCCCCUGAGGUGUCUUCUCCCUGUGACUUGUUUCCGGACACCUGUUAUCCCAUGACCAGGAUUCCCAGGACUCAGACAGAGCCUAGGGCUGAGGAACUGUGCCCCAAAGCUCUGUCUCCUACACUGGAGCCAAUAGGAUGGUCCCACCAGCCCAUUUCUGUACCUAGCUCCUUUCCUGCUGGGGAGUCGCCUGACCAAGAAACAAGUCAAGACAGCCAGCAAGAAGGAUCCGAGCUGGGGAAGGGGACAGCAUCCAGCCAGGGGACUGAGGUGGCCUCUGCCAAGACCUCUGUGACUCCUCCAAGGACACCAGAUUCAGCACCUUCCAGUCCUACUGAAGUCUCCCCCAGCACCACUGCCUCAUCAUCUGCUAGCUCCUCAGUUGCCUUUCCCAGGAGGGAGCCCUCUCUUGCUGCAUGUUCACCAGAAACCUCCAGAACCUCUCUCUCGACUGACAACCCGUCUCCCUGUGGGGCUUCCAAGACUCCACUGGCUGCCUUCCAUGGCUUCCCAUCUGCAGAGGCUACCAUGGACCCAUGUGCCAGCUCCGACUGGGCCAGCCCUCAGAGCCCCCUAGCCAACUGCACAGGGGCUGUCCAACACCUAAGGAGCAACUCCUUCCCGGGCUCUCACAGGACAGAGCUGAUUCCAGACCUGGUGGGACUAUCAUUUUCCUUCUCCCAUUCAGAGUUACCCCAGAGGCCCCCCAAACCUGCCAUCUAUGGCUCUGUGAUCCCAAGAAGGGACAGGAGAAGUGGAAGGGACUGCAGCGUCUUUCCAGAAUCUUCUAGGUCAUUAUCCGCUCCAGGGCAGGACUCUCAAGAAUUCACCUCACAUCCAGAGAGGCCCAGCAGUCCCCACAGCAGCCAGCCAUGGGGCUCCCCACGUAAUUCAGACUUAGCCCCAGGGUCUCUUGCCUGUGUCUCUUCUCCACCCCCAGUCUCCAUAGAUAUGAGGAUCCAUGAACCUCCACCCCCGCCUCCUCCAGAGAAGAGGCACGUCCACUCCUCCAUGGUGGAGAGAGAUGGCCGUCUCCAUGCAGUGGUCCCCACACUGAAACAAUGUAGCCAUCAUCCUCCAUUAGCCCUAGGUUCAGAGCUACAUGGCCCCACCAAAGGCCCAAUUCCCCAAGUUCCUGAAUCCCUUGUGGCAAGGCAGCACCGACCUCUGCCCUCUACCCCGGACACUCCCCACCAUGCUCGGACCUCUUUCCCCCCAAGGCUGAGAUACAACAAGCCAUUACCCCCAACUCCUGACUCGUCCCAGCCCCACCAUUCUUCCAUUUCUUCUUCCACUAGCCCAAGAGUCUACAGGCCUUUACCCCCUGUCCCUAUCAUGGAUUCUCCCACUGAACCACCCCCGUUACCCCCAAAGUCCAGGGGGAAAAGCAGGAGCACCAAAGGAGGACUCAUGAAUUCAGGGGUUCAAGCCAAGCCAAGGCCUGUUUGUCAAGAGUGGACCGUCUCCACUCCUCAUGUUGCUGGACGUACUUCCUGGCCCCCAGCCAUGGGCAGAUCAACAGAUUCUUUGGCUUCCACCAGUAGGAGUAAGAGUGAAAUGUCCCCUGGCAUGGCUUUCAGCAACAUGACAGCUCUUCUGACUCCCGGUUCCCCCAGCAGCCCCUGGCCUCUGGAGCCCCAGGGACCCACCUCUGAACCAGGGCUCUCAGAAGGGUCUGAGACCCCUGCCAGAGGAUCUUUGAGAAGAACAGCCCCUCAGGAAGGAGCCAAUGGCCUGAGGAGGUCAGACGUAGGCCGAGCAUGGCAGCCAGAAAAACCUAGCCAUCCCCAUCUGGAGAAGGCGUCCAGCUGCCCCCACAGGCGGGACCCGGGGAGACCACAGGAAGGGAGCAGUGGACAGGCUGCAGUCCCUGAUGAGGGGUCAAAUAAGCACAAGGGCUGGAACCGGCAAGGCCUACGCAGACCUUCCAUCUUGCCCGAGGGCUCUUCAGAUAUAAGAGGUCCAGCCGUGGAAAGAUUCCCUGUCCUCUCAGACACCAUUGUUUUUCGGGAGAAAAAACCAAAGGAGCUGAUGGGAGGCUUCUCAAGGCGCCGCUCGAAGCUCAUCAACUCCUCUCAGCUGCUGUACCAGGAGUAUAGUGAUGUGGUUCUGAACAAGGAGAUUCAGAGCCAGCAGCGGCUGGACAGCUUGGCAGAGGCACCUGGGCCCGCCUCCCCCCGGCAGCCCCGAAAGGCCCUGGUCUCCUCAGAGUCUUACCUGCAGCGCCUCUCCAUGGCCUCCAGAGGCUCCCUCUGGCAGGAAAUCCCUGUGGUGCGCAAUAGCACCGUGCUGCUCUCCAUGACCCAUCAAGACCAAAAACUGCAAGAGGCCAAAUUUGAGCUGAUUGUGUCAGAAGCCUCAUACCUGCGCAGUCUGCAUAUAGCUGUGGAUCAUUUCCAACGUUCAGAGCAGCUCAAGGCCAUUCUUUCCAACCAGGAUCACCAAUGGCUCUUCUCUCGUUUACAGGAUGUGCGUGAUGUCAGCACCAUGUUCCUUUCAGACCUGGAGGAGAACUUCGAGAACAACAUCUUCACCUUCCAAGUGUGUGAUGUAGUCCUGAACCAUGCCCCCAACUUCCGCCGGGUCUACCUGCCUUAUGUCACCAACCAGACCUACCAGGAACGCACCUUCCAAACACUGCUGAAUACCAACAGCAGUUUCCGAGAGGUCCUGGAGAAGCUGGAGAGUGACCCCAUCUGCCAACGCCUUUCCCUCAAGUCCUUUCUGAUCCUGCCCUUCCAGCGCAUCACUCGUCUUAAACUGCUGCUCCAGAACAUUCUGAAGAGAACACAGCCUGGCUCUUCAGAGGAAGCUGAGGCCACGAAGGCACACCAUGCCCUGGAGGAGCUGAUCCGAGACUGCAAUAACAACGUCCAGAGCAUGCGACGGACCGAGGAGCUGAUCUACCUGAGCCAGAAGAUUGAGUUUGAGUGCAAAAUAUUCCCGCUCAUUUCACAGUCUCGCUGGCUGGUGAAGAGUGGAGAGCUGACAGCCCUUGAGUUCAGUGCCUCCCCAGGGCUGCGAAGGAAACUGAACACGCGUCCAAUCCACCUGCAUCUCUUCAAUGACUGUCUGUUGCUGUCUCGGCCCCGAGAGGGUAGCCGAUUCCUGGUAUUUGACCAUGCUCCCUUCUCCUCUAUCCGGGGGGAAAAGUGUGAAAUGAAGCUACAUGGACCUCACAAAAACCUCUUCCGACUCUUCCUGCGGCACAACACCCAGGGCAGCCAGGCUGAGUUCCUCUUCCGCACCGAGACUCAAAGUGAAAAGCUUCGAUGGAUCUCAGCUUUGGCCAUGCCAAGAGAGGAGUUGGACCUUCUAGAGUGUUAUGCCUCCCCACAAGUACAGUGCCUUCGAGCCUACCAUCCCCGAGAGAAUGACGAGUUGGCACUAGAGAAGGCUGACGUGGUGAUGGUGACUCAGCAAAGCAGUGAUGGCUGGCUGGAGGGCGUGAGACUCUCAGAUGGGGAGCGAGGCUGGUUCCCUCUGCAACAAGUGGAGUUCAUUUCCAACCCAGAGGUCCGUGCACGGAACCUGGAGGAGGCCCAGCGAGUCAAGACUGCCAAACUACAGCUGGUGGGACAGCAGACCUAGCUAUUCUCUGAGAGAAAUCCCCUGAGCUUAAGGGCAACACAUUCGUGGAGAGGGCUGGCCCCAGAACCCUGCAACAGAGGCCUUCUGUGGACCAAGAACUAGACCUUCUGAAAGCGACAGGACAAAAUCCAGCUACCAGUGCUAGUCCCACGCCUCCUUUUUUGUGCUUUGUGCUUGGUGGGAGGAUUUUGAGGGACUUUGCACUGGUAUCUAGGGACCUUUUUCUCAUAGGAAAAGGGACAAAUGGGGCCUAAGCCAAGAAACUUUACUUCUACUACCAUGUAGUCCUUAAACAUUCUCUGCUUCGGACUGCAGAUUCAGAGCUGACCAGUUUCCAUCAUGGCCGUAUGUUAAACAGAAUCUGACCUCAGUCCACUGGAGGGAAAUGUUUAAGGGAGUUAACACAUCAGAUGGAAGGGUCAACCUUGUGACCCCUAAGGUAUCUUCCAACUUUGGAGAUUUUCCAUAAUUAUUGGUGUGAGGUCAGUGCAUAUAUCUCUGGGAUCUAUGUCUCUUGGUGGCCACGUGAGGGUACUACUCUCUCACUCUAAUAAACUUGGCACUUCUC